AAAAAAAAAACAGCGCCUCUCUAUAAACCUCCCCCACUCUCCUCUCACAAAUGUUGGCCGCGCGCAGAGCUCUCACAUCCAUCCCCAGCAGUGCCUCCAAGGCUUACAGCACCACCGCCGCAGCCCAAAUCAGCAAAGCACAAAACGGUGUUACCGUUGCCUCGAUCGAAGAAGCCGGCCCCACCGCUGGCUUGUCCGUCGUUGUCAAUGGCGGUUCGCGUCUCGAGUCUUCCAAGGGUGUUGCCCACUUUUUAAAGAACUAUGGCUUCAAGAACAACACCAAGCGUACUGCAUUCCGUAUCACCCGUGAAACUGAAUUGGCUGGCGGCGUCUUGUCUGCCAACUUGACCCGGGAAUCCAUCGUUUACUCUGCCGAGUUCUUGAGCGGCGAUGCUGCCCAGUUUGCCGAGGUUUUGGGUGAUGUCGUCUCGAGCCAAAAGUUCCAGGACCACGAAUUCGGUGAUGUCCUCCAGCAAACUGCCGCCGAAUCCGCCAACGCUGCCUCGUCCGCCGAAGUUGCCGUUUUCGAGGCUGCUCACACUGCCGCUUUCCGCAGCGGUCUUGGUAACUCGAUCUUCGCCACCCCUGCCGGCAAAGUCAACAACGCUGCUGUCAAGAGCUACGCCGCCGAACUCUUCAAGAGCGGUAACAUUGCCCUUGUCGGUGCCGGUCUUCCCUUGGAAGCUGUUCAAAAGUUCGCCGAAACUUACAUUAACGUCCCUGCCGGCUCCUCGUCCGUUCCUGCUGCCAAGUACUUUGGUGGUGAAUCGCGUGUCGAGGCUGCUUCGGCCAACAGCCAUUUGAUCUUGGCUUUCGAAGGUGCUCCUCUCAACUCGGCCGAAUACGCUGCUGCUCAGGUCCUUCGUUUCGCUCUUGGUGGUGAACAACGCGUCCAGUGGGCCGCUGGCGCCGGUCUCCUCGGUGAGGCUGCCGCCAAGUUGGGUGAGGGUGCUGAAUUGAAGGCUUUCAACGUCGGUUACUCUGAUGCUGGUCUCUUUGGUGUCUAUGCUUCUGCCCCCUCUGCUGGUAUUGCUUCGGCUGCCGCUGCUGCCGCUGAGCAAUUGAAGGCUGUCGCUGGUGGUGUCUCCGAGCAGGUCUUCGCCAGUGCUCUUGCACAAGCCAAGUUCGCUGCCGUCUCUGGCUUCGAAACCCGAUUGGAUCGUUUGGAGACCGUUGGUUCCCAGGCCCUCCUUGCUGGCAAGUAUACCUCCGCUGCUGAUGCCGCUGCUGCCCUUGACAAGGUCUCUGCUUCGGAUGUUGCCAAGGUUGCCGAGAAGUUGUUGAGCGGCAAGGCAACAACCGCUGCUUUGGGUGAUCUUUACAGCCUCCCCUACGGCGACUCCCUCUCCCUCUAAACAUGUUUUUUCGUAACCCAUCCACCUUCAUAAACGAAAAAAUAAUACUGCUGGCAUGAAUUUCUGUUUAAAUAAUUAGCUACAUAAAAAACACUGUCUCAUAGAAAGCAACACAUCCAAAGAAAACUUUUGGAAGAUGCUCAAAUCAAAUCAAAAAGUAAUCUCGGUUGGUAGUUUAUG